AAGUCUGGGAGGCUGCAGCGAUGGCGGCGGCGGGAACCGGACCGGGACCGGGACCGGGACCGGGACCGGGGGUGGGUGCAGGAUCUGCCCCAGCAGCGGCCGCAAAUGCAGCGUCUGGGGAAGAAGGGGAGACAAAGCCGGUGGUAGCCGUAGCAGCCGCUCCGGCUGGAGAGGGCACGGCUGCUGCUCCAGCAGCUGAGCCCAAUUCCGGAGAGGCCGAAGGCGGGGAGGCCAACUUGGUUGAUGUAAGUGGUGGUUUGGAGACAGAAUCUGCUAAUGGAAAAGAUACACUAGAAGGUGCUGGGGAUACUUCAGAGGUGAUGGAUACCCAAGCGGGCUCUGUGGAUGAAGAGAAUGGCCGGCAGUUGGGAGAGGUAGAGCUGCAGUGUGGGAUAUGUACAAAAUGGUUCACUGCAGAUACCUUUGGCAUAGAUACCUCGUCCUGUCUACCUUUCAUGACCAACUACAGUUUUCACUGCAAUGUAUGCCACCAUAGUGGAAAUACCUAUUUCCUGCGGAAGCAAGCAAACUUGAAAGAAAUGUGCCUUAGUGCUUUGGCCAACCUAACAUGGCAGUCCCGAACACAGGAUGAACAUCCAAAAACCAUGUUCUCCAAAGAUAAGGAUAUCAUACCAUUUAUUGAUAAAUAUUGGGAGUGCAUGACGACCAGACAGAGACCUGGAAAAAUGACUUGGCCAAAUAACAUUGUUAAAACAAUGAGUAAAGAAAGAGAUGUUUUUUUGGUAAAGGAACACCCUGAUCCUGGGAGUAAGGACCCAGAAGAAGAUUACCCCAAAUUUGGACUUUUGGAUCAAGAUCUUAGUAACAUUGGUCCUGCUUAUGAUAACCAAAAACAAAGCAGUGCUGUUUCUACCAGUGGGAAUCUAAAUGGGGGAAUUGCAGCAGGAAGCAGUGGAAAGGGAAGAGGAGCUAAGCGCAAACAGCAGGAUGGAGGGACCACAGGGACCACCAAGAAGGCCCGGAGUGACCCUUUGUUUUCUGCUCAGCGCCUUCCCCCUCAUGGCUACCCUUUGGAACACCCAUUUAACAAAGAUGGCUAUCGAUAUAUUCUAGCUGAGCCUGACCCCCAUGCCCCUGACCCUGAGAAGCUUGAACUUGACUGCUGGGCAGGAAAACCAAUUCCUGGAGACCUAUACAGAGCCUGCUUGUAUGAACGGGUUUUGUUAGCCCUACAUGAUCGAGCUCCUCAGUUGAAGAUCUCUGAUGACCGGCUCACUGUGGUUGGAGAGAAGGGCUACUCGAUGGUUCGGGCUUCUCAUGGGGUACGGAAAGGUGCCUGGUAUUUUGAAAUCACUGUGGAUGAGAUGCCACCAGACACUGCUGCCAGAUUGGGUUGGUCCCAGCCAUUAGGUAACCUUCAGGCUCCCUUAGGUUAUGAUAAAUUUAGCUAUUCUUGGCGGAGCAAAAAGGGAACUAAAUUCCACCAGUCUAUUGGCAAACACUACUCUUCUGGCUAUGGACAAGGAGAUGUCCUGGGAUUUUAUAUCAAUCUUCCUGAAGACACAGAGACGGCCAAGUCACUGCCUGAUACUUAUAAAGAUAAGGCUUUGAUAAAGUUCAAGAGUUAUUUGUAUUUUGAGGAAAAGGACUUUGUGGAUAAAGCAGAGAAGAGCCUAAAGCCGACUCCCCAUAGUGAGAUAAUAUUUUAUAAAAAUGGGGUCAAUCAAGGUGUGGCUUACAAAGAUAUUUUUGAAGGAGUUUACUUUCCAGCCAUCUCCUUGUACAAGAGCUGCACGGUUUCCAUUAACUUUGGACCAUGCUUCAAGUAUCCUCCAAAGGAUCUCACUUACCGCCCUAUGAGUGACAUGGGCUGGGGCGCUGUGGUAGAACACACUCUGGCUGAUGUCUUGUAUCAUGUGGAAACAGAAGUGGAUGGGAGGCGGAGUCCCCCAUGGGAACCCUGACCAGGCCCCUCUUGUAGAUACGGACUUUCUGGGGAAUGAUACUGGGGGAGGCAGGGUUCUGUUUAACUGUUGUAAAUAUUCUCCAGAAGAUGCUGUAAAACACAGCCUCUGCUUUUAGUCAGUUAAAGGCUGGGUGGGGCUGGGAAAAGGCCUGCCCUUUAAUACUCUCCCCUCUUCUGGUGACGGCUCUAAUUUUGUGUGCCAUAUGCUAAUAACUGCUGACCCUAGAAUCCCAUGAGCUCCCUGUGAAACUGGUGCUGUGCCACAAACCCCACCAACUGGGACUUACUAUCUUACUGUAUUUUCUAAGGAGUGAAUAAUCUUGUCCAAGUAACUUAUUUAAAGACAUUCCCUUCUGUGGGCAUUGACUCCAUCCCACCUGAUUUCCAAGGAAGUGGUGGGUCUGUUUGUGAGAGCAGCUGAAAUCAAUAGCCGUACAUUAAAAACCAGUCCAAAAGCUCUUUCCUUUUGAUGUGGGCUUGUUUUUGUCAUUAAUUUUGAAAUCUACUUUCAACACUGGGAUCUCUGAAAUGCUUAGGACUCUAGAACUGUAAUUGUGAAAAGGAAUUUGCUUGCAAUUUAACAAUUGGAAACUUCCCAAAUAAAACUUGUCUUCAAGUUU